AUGAGUCCAGACGGUCAACAAAUUGUUACUUUUAACCCAGGAAAGUGCGAAUUUACGUUAUAUGAUAUUGAAAAUUUUAGUAAAUCUAUUUCUACAUUUCAAUGUGAAGAUAUAGAUUAUGAUAAACGAUGUUGUUAUUCUUUGGCAAUAUCUAAUUGUAUAAACGAUGAUAAUGAACGUCUUGUUGCUUUAUCUUGUUUUGAUGCACGUGAAAUUCUUUACGAUCAAAGCGAAAAUCCUAAUCGUGAUGAUGACGAAGAAUUAGGCGAAAACGGUAAUCAAUCUCACACGUGGAUUAUUUCUACUACAUAUAAAAGUGAAAUACAUACUUCUUUAGGAAUUAUUGGUGGUGUAAUAAGAUUUCUAGAUAGUGAUGUUAAAAUAUCAGGAUCUAAAUUAUUAAUUGACAAAACAGUGAUCAUAGUAGUUAAUGCAUCAGGAAUCUACAAACAAACCUUUAAUAAUGAUAAUAUUAUAUUGAAACAAACAGUUAGACGAUUUUUAAAUCCAUCAUUUGCCAAGAUUGAACAAUUUCAAUUACCUCAACAACUUUCAAUUAGUCUUUCACGUUUAGAUCAUGGGCAAAAUGCAUUAAACCUCUUACACACGAGUAUUAUUAGAAAUCAUUUUAUGGCACAUUCAUUUAAAAAUCGACAACAAAUCAUUGAAAUGUAUAGUUUAAUUACUGGUGAUCUAGAGAUGUUAUUUAAACGUCAUGAAUCUUCGGUAGCUCCUAACAUAAUUCGUGGUUCUCCAGUCUUUGCCAUCUCUCAGAAUGAAGGAAUUUUAGCAUUUUGUCGGGGAACUAUCAGCAUUACGUUAUAUUUAUUAGAAAAUGGGUUAGAAAUUACCACCAAACAAUUAGAAGGUCGCAGAGGAAGAAUUUAUAAAAUUGUGGCUAUAGAGUUUAUUGAUAAUGAUAGGAAACUUUUAAUAGCUCUUGAAGAAGAAACCGAAAAUUUAUCAGGUGAAAUUUCAAUACACCAAAUAUUUGUAGUAUGGGAUUUAUAUACCACAUUUAAAGAUUCCAUACGUCAAAUUAAUUAUUCCGAAUCUCAGGAACCUCUAAAAAUGGAUGCGACACAUCGAUUAAUAAAUUCCCAUGGAAAGAUGUCAGUGGUUACAGAUAGUGGAAAUAUUAUUUCAGUAUUAGAUCAUCAAGAUGUGGCUUUAAUUAGAAAUCCUCCAUCAAAGGAAAUGACUAAAAUUGAUAUUAUUGAGGAUGACGUUUUUCAUGCAAUUUAUAAUCUAAAUGGGGAAAGAUUUGAUACAUCAGAAUUAACAAAAAAUCAACUAAUUAUACAUAACGUUGAACCAUGGCAUUCGAAAAAUCAAUAUUUUCGAUUAUCAAUUUGGUUGGAUUCUACUAAAAUACUAGAAUAUAUUUGGGCAUCGAAAAAUGUGGGAUCUACCGGAUUACGAGUUCAAGAAUUAAAAGUCGGAGAACGAGAAUUUGUGUUAAAUCUUUCAAUACCUUCAACCAAAUUUUCUACAACAAAAUCAAUGACGAUACAUUGGCCAAAUAAUAUAAAUGUUCUUGAAGGGGCAUGUCGAUCACUUUAUGUAUUAGGAGAGAUGAAACAUAUUGUUGCAGGUCAUAAGAAUUCUAAUCGAAUUGAAUAUUUAAUUGAAUGUACACAAAGAUUAGUACGAAAAUAUAUUACAAAAUAUGGAAUAUUUAGAUUAACAGAUAUUCGAUAUUCAAUUAUGAAAUAUCUUAUCAAAAGUCAUCAAGAGAGAUUAAUCAAACAAAUUUUAAAUAAGAAGAUUAAUGGAAAAAAUAGUAAUAUUCAUGUCCCAAGGUUAUAUAAACGGGUGAGAGUAGAUAAUGAUGAUAAAUCAAAUAUUAAUAUGUCACGAUCAAUUGAAAAACUUAAAAAAACCUUAAAAACAACUGAAACCAUUAAAACUUCACCAGAAUUAAAAUUAAAAUCGAAGUCAGAUUUACAUAAUGCCAUUUUAUGUACUCAGCGAAGAGUUGAUUCUACAGCAAUUUUAAAAUAUUUAAUAGAUUAUUAUGCGGAUAAUGCCAAAGAAUAUAAUAAUGAUGAUGGAUUUGUUCAAAGUUUAUUCAAGAAACCAUGUUUCGGAGUUACCGAAGCUUACACUCCACCAUUACACAUUAAUUCUCUUGAUCAAAAGGAAGGAAAUAAAGUGUCUAUGAUACAUGCGUUAAUAUUAAAACCACGUCUUGCAUCAAAGCCCAAGAUUACACUAUUAGAAAGUAUAAGAUUUUUUAAAAGGAUUAAAAAAAUUAUUCCACAUCAUACAUUGGUAGAAAUUAGUACUUCAUACAAUGAUCGUAAAGUUUAUAAAGUCCCUUUACCCGAUUUUACGGUAUAUCCCAAAGGUCUUAAAGAUCAUAAUGAAAAUUAUUUAUGGAUUCUAUUUACACUUUUUCGAAUAUUUUGGUGGCCACGUGGAAAUGUUAUUAAAGAUACUAGUGAAAAGAGUCCUUUCCUUCGCGUUAUUCAUGAAGAGGAAAGUAAUGAAAUCUAUCGAACACCUGCAAUUAUGGCGGUCUCGGCUUUUAAAUGGUCAGCUGCUCGUCGACAUUUUAUUCGUCAUAUCCUUACGUACAUAUUAUAUGCUAUCACAUAUACUAUAACAGUUAUUUCGUAUUCAUUCACGGGAGAAUCAACAAAUUUAUUUAAAUCAGAUUCUGCAGCUGUAAUAAAAAGUAUUUCCUUCUUUGUAUACGUUUAUACUGGAUGGUAUUUAAUUGUUACAGAGAUUGUGCAAUUAAAAAGAGCAGGAUGGUAUAAAUAUAUUAGUAUUUAUAGUUUUUUUGAUAUAGCAUCCGUUUUAUUACCAUUUGCAGUUAAUAUAGUGAGCAUUUUAAAUAUUUAUGAAGUAAUAAAUUUGAAAUAUUCUGUAUAUAAUACUGUAUUGGCAUUUACAGCUUUAGUUAUGUGGCUUGAAGUGUUAUUACUAUUGAGAUAUUUUGAAGCCCCAGGGCGUUUUAUUUAUAUAAUUACAAGUAUUUUAAAUAAUAUUUGGCCAUUCUUUGCUUUCAUGUUGAUUGCGAUAUUGGCAUUUGGUCACGCUAUGUUUCUUCUUCUUAAUCAUGCAGAUGAUGAAAGUUUGCAACGUUCUACUUAUAAAGUCGAAGAUACUUCGGAUCCAGGCUUAUACUCGAAUAUAGAAAUUACUCAGGUUAUUGAUAAAUCUAGCUAUCUUGAUAAUUACUAUUCACAUAUUCUCUCAUCCGUAGCAGCUGUAUUCUUUUGGACCAAUGGACGAUGGGAUCAAUUAGGCCAAUGGGAUAAUUAUUCUGUAAUUAUAAUAAGUAUAUUGGGAAGUAUAAUAUUAGUUGGUGCAUUUGAAACGGCAAAUGAAGAAGGUCGUGCAGCAGUUCAAAAAUAUCGUGCCGAACUUAUUGCGGAAUAUGAAACUUUAGAAAAACCUUUUGGUAGUAAAAAAGGUAAUCCUAGAUACAUUUAUUAUAUUCCUAAUCCUGAUCUGAUUGAUAACUGGCUCGAGGAAACUAAAAAGGAUAAUGAGAAACAAAGAUCACGUCUUAUGGGUAAUUAUUCCUAUUCGAAAAAAUAUAAACAUAUACUAAAUGAUGAUAGUUUAGAAAUUGAACCUAUUACGACCAAAUAUAAUAAAUUUGAUAAAAUUAGAUUAAUUGAUGAAGAAAUUUUUGAAUUAAAAGUGACUUCUAAAUCCAACAAGAAAUCACAAAUAAAUUCGAAAUCAUCGUCAUCAUUCAAGAAUAAAUCGAGCAAUGAACCUUUUACUGAUGAUGAUCAAUUAUCAACACUACAAGAUAAAUUUAGUCAUGAAUUCAAGGCAAGAAUUGAUUCAUUAGAAAAUAAUUUUAGAACUUUAUUGACAACUUUAAAUAGUCAAAAUGAUCAAAAUAGUUAG